CCUCGCGGUAACAAACAAUCUUAUUAUGAGAUUUAAACUUUGCCUCUGCCAGUCUGGAGGAUCAACAUGCGCUCCCCUCCCCUCGCACCUAUUCCUCGAUGUUUCCCCAACUGAUACUGUAAUAUCUGCCUACCUACACGCCUCCCCGUGACAGUGGUUAAACGCCGGUGUCAGCUCUCGGUGUAAUAGAAAGACCCAGGCAGGGCUCUGGGUCUCUUCAGAAUAACAUGAAGGCGAGCGACGAGAGGAGCUCAGUGCUGAAUUAAAUCAGCCUCCGCUUAAUGGAUCUCCCAGUCUCGCUUCAAGCAGGCAGUUGCUGCUGAGCCACCCUCAAACCGAAAGCAGGAAAUCUGGAUCCUUUUUUUUUUUUUUUUUUUUUUUGUAAUUAUUAUUAUUAUUAUUCCGCUUAGAAAUUGUACUUUAAAUGAUUGCUUUUAAUCUCUAACGCCGUAAAUGACUCAGUUCUGUUUGAAAAUGUGUUGUGCUCGUGGUGAGAUACAGUAAGCCCUCUUGCUUAGUAUCGGGACGAAGGUUCCUGCUCUGCCAUCAUUCAGCAGAAAUCGGCAAGAGAAACCCGGAGAGAUCUGCCGUCCUGGAGGCUAUUAGGGAUGUGUUCUCUAACUGAGGAGUCCAACCCAGAUUCCAGCAGUUAUUCAUCUGUGCACAUGAGAGAGACAGAGAAAGGAGAGACUUGUCAAAACCACCAAGAUGAGACGGUUUAAUGAUGGUAGCCUCUGAGGACAAAAGCUCAAGACAAGCCGAGGCGGUGAAGUCUCCCUUUGAACAUCGCCUCAAAAUUGACGCAAGCAUAUCUCAUUGAAAAGAAACUGAAAAAGGAUAGCCAUUUUUUAUUUUAUUUUUUGGUACAUGGGGACAACAUGCAUCAUCACACACCUAUCGAGAAACGCAAAACAAGUAAUCGUAAUUAUUGUGGCUCUGAAAACAGCUGAACAUCCUGCUGCAUCCCCAGCAGAAAUCAAAUCAAGGUACUGAAACGACUAUAACACUAAACCCCUUUGGGUUUUUUUGGAUCCAUACAUGACUUUAAGAAAAGCACAAAUGGCCUGUAGAUCAGACGGGGUGAUGAGUGCCUUGUUUUGGUCUAUAACUCUUAUAUGUUUGACUCACAUUGACAGAGUAAGUGGUGACUGCUGGUUGAUUGAGGGAGAAAAGGGCUUUGUGUGGCUUGCAAUUUGCAGCCAAAAUCAACCACCCUACGAAGCCAUCCCACAGCAUAUCAAUAACACCAUUGUUGACCUUCGUCUGAAUGAAAACAAAAUCAAAAGCAUCCAUUUUUCUUCUCUCAGUCGCUUUGCCAACUUGACCUACCUGAACCUGACCAAGAAUGAGAUCUCGUACAUAGAAGACGGAGCCUUUUCUGCUCAGUUCAACUUGCAAGUUCUCCAAAUGGGCUUCAACAAGUUACGAAACCUGACAGAGGGGAUUCUCCGGGGUUUAGGAAAGCUGCAGUACCUCUACCUCCAGGCGAACCUGAUUGAAACUGUGAUACAUAAUGCCUUUUGGGAAUGCCCCAACAUAGAAAAUAUCGAUCUCUCCAUGAACCGAAUCCAGCAGUUAGAUGGGUCCACGUUUACCAGCCUAAGUAAGCUCACCACUUGCGAGCUGUAUACAAACCCUUUCAAUUGCUCGUGUGAGUUGCUGGGGUUUGUGAAAUGGCUUUCGACUUUCCCAAACCGGACAAAUGAGCGGAUGGUCUGUGACUCUCCUCGUGGUGUUGCAGGUUACAGCUUACUGAGCCAGAAUCCUAACAACCCCACAUACCGAAAUGCACUUCACAUGCUAACUACUGUGUGUACCGAUGACUACGUGACCCCAUUUAUCACUGUCUCCAUGGAGUCCACAACAAUACCACCUGACUCAACACUUUGUGGGCUGGAAGACUGUUCCUCAGGCACAGAACCAGAUGACACAACCAUUGGUACAACUGAAAACGAGGUGCAGGGAACCCCUAUGAUGAAUCUAAAGGCAGUGACAAACACAGUUGCUACCGUUACAGUUCAGUUUCCUGAUCCCUUCAAGAAGCUGUACUUUCUGGUUCUUUACAACAACAACUUUUUCACAAACCUGGACAGGCUCUAUAAAGUACAGGAAGACGUUGAGAUUAAAAACCUUCAACCCCACUCCAACUACACAGUCUGUGUUACUUCAGAACGCAAUUCUAUGAAACAAAAUCACACAUGUCUGACAUUCUCCACUGGCCCUUGGAAUGGAAAAGACAGAGUUGUAAACAAUGCGACUGCUACUCAUUAUAUCAUGACUAUUUUGGGCUGCCUUUUUAGCAUGGUGAUUUUUCUGGGAAUUGUGUAUUAUUGUUUGCGAAGGAAGCGUCAGCAAGAUGAAAAGCAAAGAAAAUCAGGAAGUCUUAAGAAAAAUAUAAUGGAACUCAAGUAUGGACAAGAACUAGAAGGAGGGACUAUUUCUCGAAUGUCACAGAAGCAGCUGGUGGCCGGAGAGAGCAUGGCCCGAAUGCCCUACCUGCCAUCUGCAAGUGAAAUGGAGCAGUAUAAAUUUCAAGAGAUAAGUGAGACUCCAAAAAUGAUGAAGGGGAACUACAUGGACGUCCGGAGCAUGGAUCAUCAUGAGCGCAGAGAGUGUGAUAUGGGAAUGGCUGGCAACAGUCAGGGAUCAGUGGCAGAGAUUUCCACAAUAGCAAAAGAAGUUGAUAAAGUCAAUCAGAUAAUCAACAACUGCAUAGAUGCCCUAAAAUCAGAAUCGACUUCUUUUCAAGGAGUUAAAUCUGGAGCAGUGUCGACAGCAGAGCCCCAACUGGUGCUAAUAUCAGAGCACCCCCAAAGUAACCCUGGCCUUCUUUCCCCAGUGUAUAAGGACAGCUACCAUCACUCUCUUCAGAGGCAUAGAAGCUCUGAUGUCUCGCCAAAGAGGCCCAGCACUGCCACAGGCGGGCCCAUGCGAAGCCCAAGGCCUUAUCGCUCUGAUUCCAAGUACAUAGAGAAAACCUCCCCAACAGGAGAGAGCAUCAUUACAGUAACACCUGCCGCAGCCAUCUUGAGGGCGGAGGCAGAUAAGAUCCGCCAGUACAGUGACCACCGGCAUUCAUAUCCUGAUGCUCAGAUAGAGGAGCUGGAAGGACCCGAUAGCCACAAGCUGUUGGAACCCCUCACCCACUCCCGGUCCAGAGACUUAGCCUACUCCCAGAUGUCCUCUCAGUAUCAUAAUCUAAGCUACUCAUCCAGCCCUGAAUACUACUGCAAACCUUCACACAGCAUCUGGGAGCGAUUCAGACUCCACCGCAAGCGACAUAAAGAUGAGGAGUACAUGGCUGCUGGCCAUGCGCUGCGUAAGAAAGUUCAGUUUGCAAAGGAUGAGGACCUGCAUGACAUAUUAGACUACUGGAAAGGCGUUUCAGCCCAACAUAAAUCAUAAUUCAUCUAGGUGUUUUUAAAAUGGACUUUCUGUUGCUAAAAUGACACAAGAACACCAUUUGACAUUUGAAUCAAUGGAUACUUCUCUACCAUAAUUAACUAAUCUUUCAUGUAUAUCACACUCUCUUUUGACUGUGAAGAAGAUGAGACGAGGAUUCUAAAACUUCUCUUAUUAUCUAAAGCAUUCAUCUUGGAAAAAAAUAUAUUGCAAAUUAAUUAUGUAUAUGUUACAAUGGAUAUUAGGUUUUUUUGGGUAUCGCAUGGCCAAGUCCUGUGACAGUGGAUUUGCUGUUGUGUAAUAUGAAUCUACUAUAUGAAGAAAAUGAAACUUUAAAUUUUUUUGAGGAACUAUUGGGACCCACACAAGCAGAACACUUUUUUUUCCUUCCUCCUUGCAUAUAUUUAAUUGAAAACUGUGUACAGAUAUGGGUUUCUAUAUUUGAAAUGUUUGCUGUGUAAAUGGUGAAGUAUUAGUAGAUGAAUCAGGUUUAUCAAACUGACCGCUGUCUCUUUUGAAAAUAUUUGUUAACGUCUAACUUUAGCCCUAGAACCGCAAUCAUUCCAGUACUCCUCAGAACUGCCAUAGGUUUUAUCCUCAUUUCUAGAAGCCUUAAAAAUGACAAAGAUUAAAUUUCAACAGAUUGUAUUAUGAUCAUUUGAAUAGUUUUAUUAACUGGAGAAAAACUAUUUCGCCAAUUUGUUCUAUGAAAUUGCAUCAGGCACACAUUUUCAAUCAUACUUGAUAAGUAUUAAUGGAGAACUCCCUUUGUAUAUAUACCAUCUAAAAGAAAAUUCUAAUAUGUCUAAUAUCUUUUUGUGUAUUUCUUAAUUUAGCAAAGUAAUUACAUCAUUAACCAAACAACAAAACAAACAAAAUUAAAUGAAUAAAUAAACAAACGGAGGAAUAAAAAUGCUGCGUGAAGGAAGUAAUAUUUUUUGAUGAAAAUUAUAUUUAGUUUAAUGUUGCCCUCACAUAUUUACAAAGACUGACUACCAUCAAAGUCCCAAAAGAUAUCAGUCUCCAUGUUGUGUUAUAGAUGCAGUCAAAGUAAAAAAGAAAGAAAGAAAGAAAGAAAGAAAGAAAGAAACAAAGGAAGAAAGAAAGAAAGAAAGAAACAAAGAAAGAAAGAAAGAAAGAAAAGACACCCUCUAAACUAUAAUGUGACAGUGCAUGUCUGAUCCAGUCUUUACUAGGUGUUAUAUUUGUCCGAAUAGCAGAUUCCACAAUGUUUAAUAAUUUAUGAAACAAAGACAAAGCCAAAAUAGAAAUGCACUUAUACAGACUGGAUUUGUGGUUGGUUUUCUACCCACUUUGUGGGUUAUUUGCACAGUUCUUGUUCUUUUUAUGUGCAAAUCACAGAAGGAAAUUUGUGAUGGUCCAAGGAUGUACACAAUGCAGUCAAGUAAUCUGCAGAGUUC